AUCAAAAGUGUUUGAUCAUUAGUCCAUCAUAUCCUAGUCAUACCACAAACAAAAGAUCACAUCUUCCCAUUGGUACCAACCAAAUUCUAGGGCUGGCUGAUUGAUUAACUCCAGAUCUACACAUUCUUCUUCUCCGUUCGGCGGUCAACACAUUCGAUUCAUUUCUCCGAUGGCCCCACCUCCCGGUCCUUACUCCGGCACCAGCACCCUCGCUCUGGUGGCUCGUGUGUCUGCCUUUUCUGUUGGACUAGUUUAUGGAAGCUUGAAACUCAAAUACCUUAAGGCAAAGGCUAACUCGCAAAGAAAAGCUGAAGCCAAGGCACACCACUAAAAGGAGAAGUGAAUGAGGUAGUGAUUUUUGUUUUGAAUAAUUGAUGAUGAUUCCGAGUGGACCCACACGGGACGUGGUAUUUUAUGUUUUGCUUACUGUUCGAUGAGUUUUUACUCGUUUCUACCAGGACAAAUGGUUGUAUACAUUUUCUUGACGUGAAACAUAAUUCAGAAAUGGUAUUUUGCUAGGGGAAUAAUUGUUUGUUUCUCUCA